UAAAUUCCGACCUCGGACAUUGUCCCGAACGCAGCAUAAUAGACGGUGUGUCCCUGAACAUUUGAGCUAACUGGCAUGACUUUGGCUAACAGAGCUUUUAUCAGCUUUUAUGGACGUGGUUGUCUUCUUGUCAUGGCAGUAACACUGUGUAUUGUUAUACUUAUAGCUUCUAUUCACAACUGUGAUGGGAACCUGCGCUUUGCCUCCUACUAUGGAGAUCACAUGGUGCUGCAAAAGUCUCCGGAGAAAGCUGUGCUGUGGGGCUACGGGCCUGAGGGUGCGCAUGUCACCGUCUUCUUGUCAGGACCAAUGCAACAGAAAACCUCACCGGUCAGUGUGACAAAAGGUAUCUGGCGAGUCACCCUUCACCCUGUUGAAGCUGGUGGUCCCUACAAUGUGACAGCAGCCGUUCAGAAGAGCACAGCCACUCUGACAGAUGUGCUGUUUGGAGACGUUUGGCUGUGUGGAGGGCAGAGCAACAUGUACUUUAAAACAUCUCAGAUUUUGAAUGCAUCAGAGGAGCUGGUCCUCGCAGCAAAGUAUCCCCAUGUGAGGACUUUUAUGGCAGCCUUGAACCUGAGUGAAACUGAGCUGACUGAUUUGAUUCAAGUGGAACUUCCUUGGUCUGUGCCCACAGCAAAUCUGGCAGAGUUCUCUGCAGUGUGCUGGCUCUUUGGACGUUACAUGUAUGAGAAUCUGAAGUAUCCCAUAGGACUGGUGGAGUCCUGUUGGGGAGGCACACCUGUCGAAGCCUGGUCAUCUUCAAGAGCACUGCAGCAGUGUGGACUAGAGCAAAAUAAAAAUGGUCCUAAGGAAAAUUCUGUCUUGUGGAAUGCAAUGAUCCACCCGUUGCUCAACAUGACCAUCAAAGGAGCUCUCUGGUACCAGGGUGAGGAAAAUGCAGACUAUCAUCAAGAGCAGUACAACUGUUCCUUCCCUGCUAUGAUUGAUGACUGGAGGAUGGCGUUUCACCAGGGCUCAGGGGGGCAGACAGCUCACGACUUCCCCUUUGGAUUUGUCCAGCUGUCCACCUACAAAAAAGCCUCCACAGAUGACGGCUUUGCAAACAUCCGCUGGCACCAGACAGCCGACGUUGGCUUUGUCCCGAACCCCCGGAUGAAGAAAACCUUCAUGGCUGUGGCUUUGGAUUUACCAGAUGAAACCUCACCCUACGGCACGAUCCAUCCCCGAGACAAGCAGGAUGUAGCCUACAGACUGACGUUGGGAGCGAGGGCAGUGGCUUAUAACGAGAAGGAUGUGCCCUUCCUUGGACCUUUCCCCAACCAAAUCCUGUCCACUCGAAUGUAUCUCAACAUUACCUACAACCAGACAGUCUCUGUCACACCGUCUAAAGACAUCUUUGAGAUUUGUUGCUCUGGGAUUCAGGCUCCAUGUGGGCCUCAGUCUCCUUGGGUUCCAGCUCCCAUCAUGCAGUGGGAUCUAACCACUGUCCAGUUAUCUGCCAAUUUGUGUCCGCCUGCUGACGAAGUAGCUGCUCUCAGAUAUGCAUGGAGAGACUGGCCCUGUGACUUUAAAGCCUGUCCAAUCUACAGCGCCAGUGGGAUUUUACCUGCACCUCCUUUUAUUAUCAUCCGCCAUCCAGCCAAAGGAAACGUUUGGAAAAGCUACUGAACCACCAGAUCAGUCUGUCUAGAAGUGUGUGUAUAUAUAUAUAUAAUUUUGGUUAUACUGUUUAUCCUUUAUACAAUCUAUGCUGUUACAACCAUUGCCAUUAAUUGUAUGAAUGUUAAACAUGACAAAUGUGUUUUUGUUAAAAUACAAAGUUUACAACACAAAGGAGUCUUUAUGACGUAACAUAAUUUGCACAAAUAAAUGACAAAUCAACAACUAA